AUGGCUGGGAGGAACGAUUCUGUGAUUGCUGCUGCUUUGGAAGCAAUGGCUCAAGCUAUGCAGAAUCAGUCGAAUGUUGGUGAGAAUGGUACGUCCCGUAAUUUGGCUACUUUCCAAAGAGAGAAUCCACAUGUUUUCAAGGGAACUCAUGAUCCUGAUGGCGUAUUGACAUGGCUGAAGGAGAUUGAGAGAAUCUUCCGUGUGAUGGAUUGUACUCCAGAUCAGAAGGGAGUUCCUGAGGAUGUCCAUGGAAAGAAGGAAAUCGAGUUCCUUGAGUUGAGGCAAGGGAGUAAGUCAGUUGUGGAGUAUGCUGCUAAGUUUGGAGAGUUGGUUAAGUUUUACCAACAUUAUGAUGGGCCAGAUGUUGAAUUUUCUAAGUGUAUCAAGUUUGAGAAUGGGUUGCGUCCGGAAAUCAAUAAGGCGAUUAGUUACCUGAAGAUUCGUAUCUUUGCGGAUUUGGUUGAUACUUGUCAGAUUUAUGAGGAAGACAACAAUGCUCAUUAUCGGGUCAUUAGUGAGAAGCGGGGCAAGAGUCAACAAGGUCGUGGCAAGCCUUAUGAUGCUCCAGUUGGCAAAGAGAAGCAGAAAGCUUAUGAGGGCAGGAGUACUAGUGGGGGAGAUGCACCCGCUAGUAUUUUGUGCUUCAAGUGUGGCAAGGCUGGCCAUAAGAGCAAUGUUUGUACUACUGAUGUGAAGAAGUGUUUCAGAUGUGGUAAGAUGGGACAUACAAUGUCUGAUUGCAAGCAUAAGGACAUGUUAUGUUUCAACUGUGGCGAAGAGGGGCACAUUGGUAGCUAG